GUUCGUAUAUACUGGCGGGAAUUUAGCCUUUCGGGGGUCUUCGUUUCGUCCUGCUUGCGCGGAGGAGCGGACAACGAGAAACGAAUGUUGUAUCGCGUCUUUGGCGAAUAUUUCUACUAAUGAAUUGUAACCGAUCGCCAUUACGGAACAUCAUAAGCCUCACGCUUGAUUUCAAUAUUUGCCCUGGUUGCAAUAUUAACCAUCGGCCCUUGCUUCGGUGACGGUUGCGGUUAGUAGCACACAUGAACUUUCUUCAUUGCUAACCCUACCCUGGCCUCUACCAUCAUUCUUCCUUCCUUCCCCCACCUUCCCUUGGAGGUCAUAGAUGCUUUGAGGCCUGGCAUCUGGACCUCUCUCCCUCUUUUUUUUCUCAUUCCUAAUCCUUAUUUUCGUGCUGAAUGUCCAAACAUCGAUCCCGUAGUUCCCUCCCGACUAAUAACUCCCCUCGAAAUCCCUCUAAUACGGACCAGUCUACAUCACGACAACAAAAACACGAACAAUCUCCAUCUCCGGGAGAACGCCCUCACAGAAGACCUCCAAGUCCACCAACACCUAUCGCUGGUCCUUCCCGAACCAGACCUCUACCUGAAGACGAGUCUACCGAGCAACCACCCAUGGCCAAACGACUACGUGGAGAUUCUCCCGCGCAAGAGAAGCACAGUGAUCGUUCCAGUCCUUCCUCCGAUUCUCAAGGUGGCUUUGCCGACACAGAAGAGAUGGGAGAACGCCAAGCUUCCGAUAACUCAAAAGGAGCUUCUGCUGCUCCCAAGAAGAAACGAACGCGUACACUUACAACUCCUCACCAGUCUGCAGUACUUCAUGCUUUGUUGGCUCAGUCCCGAUUCCCAACUACCGCUAUGAGAGAAGAAGUUGGCCGUGCUAUCGGACUUAGUGCUCGAAAAGUACAGAUAUGGUUCCAAAACCAACGACAGAAGGCCCGCCGUCCACGUCCACAGACUGAGAGUACACGACCUCCCCAAUACCACUAUGGUCCCUUCCCGAGUGCUACGGAUUUAGAAGGCAUCAAUCUAUAUCCUCGCCCCCCGAAUCCCCUCGGUAGACCACCCAUUGGCACGUCAUUUCCAGAGCAAGAUACUACCGAGGAACAGAGGUACGACCAAGGCUUGGUAUCGCAACAAGUUAUGCCCAUGGCGCCACUACGACUAUCUGGGCCUGGAAUACCUGGUCAAAAUCCGCAGCCAGAGCCACUGGCAACAGGUAUUUCCCCUGAACUAUCCCCGACCCCGAUAGCCGGUCCAUCUCGUCCUGUUGGACAACGCCUCUACGGAACAUCUCCAAGCCCUACCAGGUCUUAUGCCCUCCCAAUGCCUACCACUACCACUACCUCCUCUCAAUCUCUCAGACGUCCACGGGAUCCAUCUCGGAUUCUUCCUCCUCUCGAUUUUCUUUCUCUUCCAACGAUACCGUCGAUUCGUUCAGCGCCUCCAACCCUACUACCGCCUUUCCCUUUCCAUCGUCGUUCUUUAUCCCCCAUCGAAACGCAAAUACACGCACGCGCACCCCAACAUCAUUCCGAACCAGGAACAGCUAGUACGAUUCUUCCACCACCGUUCACGCUACAGCCACAACCACAGUGGGAUAACUCUGUGUUUACUUCUGUAGUACCCGUACCUGGCGGUGCGCCCAGUGGACCCUCAGGUACCACUGUUUGGGGAACACCAACACCGUCGUCUUCCCAGACUCAGAUGAUGACAGUUGGUAGGAUCUCUGAACGUGAACGUGUUCCGGAAGUAGCGGAAGUGGGCGCGAGCGCGAGCCCCUCUGGAAGGUUUUUCCAUUCUACCGUUUUACGUGGUGGACGCUACGACCCUGUUCGGGGAUCUAUCAUUCCUUAUCCUUUUGGUGACCGCACUCCUCCUCUUCCUCCUCGUACCCCACCUCCGGCGAUAUGAUACGACCCACACACAAAGAAAACAAAAUAGGCCGAAAUUUUUUUUUUAGCUUCAAGCUGAAAUUCGAUCAUUAACUGACCCCUCACGCUCGUUUUUUUUUUUUUUUUUGGGAUAUUUUUCACGUUUUUCACGCAUACUAAUGCCGUCGACGAACCAAACCAAACCAAAUCAUUGAAUUGCUUGUCUUUUGUUUGUCUCCCUUUCUUUCCUUCUUUUUUUUGCAUAACCGCCUCAUAUGCACCUUUACCCCGUUCGUAUUUUCUAUACCUUUUUUUUUGUGUUUAGUAUCUUACUCGCCACUCGUCUCCAUGACUCUAAUCUGAUUCCAAAACCUAAUACUUUACCUACACAGUUCAAAUGCUUUCCUUUUUACUGAAUACUGAAUACUGAACUAACUGCUUUUUUCUCUCGUUAUCCACAACCAACCUCAGGUACCCACUAAUACUAUCGUGUAUGUUUGUAUUCAGAUAGUUUUUUUCCCCCCUUCUUUCUUCUUUUUUCGUUUCUUCUUGGUCAUAUAGCAUACGUACUCUUUUUUCUUGGAAUUUUUACUCUACAAUAGAAAAACCUAAAGUAUAAUGUACUUGUUUAUUUCCCAAAUCCACCUCUACCCAUUCAAAAAAGA